UUUUGGUGAAAGAAACAAAACCGACGGGCUAAUCAAGCUAAAAAAUAACUCUGGUGUGUCACUCAUCAAGCCAAACGAUUUAAUCAACGAAAUUGUUUUUUUUUUCAUUCGUUUCACAAUCACAAUUUUCAUUUUAAUACUUUGCCGAUUUUUUUUUGUCGUCCAUAAUGUCUACAACAACGGAUAAAGAUCAAACGAGCACUAAAGAAGAAUAUUGGUAUCCAUUAGAAUCGGAUCCAACAUAUUGGAGUGAUUACCUUCGAUCAUUGACAACCGGUUCAUCGAAUGGUCGAUAUUUUAUUGAUAUACCGUCGAUUGAUCUGGUAGAUGAAAUGGGUAUAUUUGAAUGUCACAAUAUUAUUGCUUAUAUAUUUCUGUAUCAAAUGAAAUCAUAUCAACAAUUGGGAACAUUGGAACCAUUGGAUUCAAGUAAUUGCCGAAAUCUUUUUUUUAUGCGACAAUUUGUUCACAAUUCUUGUGGAUCAGUUGCAUUGUUUCAUGCAUAUAUCAAUACAAUCGCUUCGGAUAAAUUGAAUGGUACGGAUUCAUUGAUUGAUCGUUUUUAUCAAGAGAAUCGUGAUCAUACUCCUGAAGAACGUGGCCAUUCAUUUGCUACAAAUAGUUUGCUAAAACAAUUACAUCAUGAUGUUUCUUUACAUGGUCAAAGUGAAUUACCAUCAGAUGAACAAUUGUCUAAAAUUGAUUAUCAUUAUGUUGCAUUCAUACCGCUGAAUGGUUCUAUAUUUGAAUUGGAUGGCCGAAAAUCAUUGCCGAUUAUCCAUCAAAAUGAUGAUCAAACGCAGAUUGAUAAAGAUAAUUUUAAACGUCAAGCUUUAAAAAUUAUUAAACGUUAUAUGCAGCUUGAUCCAAAUAAUCUUCAUUAUUCAUUACUUGCUUUAUGUACUUCAUCAUCAUCAUGAUGAUGAUGAUCACCAAAUUUCAUGUCUGUCUAUCAUCAUUGUCAAUUGUACCACACGAUGUUUCCUUGAUUAUUAUUUUUUUUUAUAUGUUUUCGUUUGUUUGUUUGAUGAUUAUGAUGAUCUUGGUGAUUAAAAUUAAUUUGCAUACCAUUUAACACUCUAUUUAUAUAAAAUGUCUAUGUCAAUGUAUGGGUGCAAUAAAAUACAAACUGUUGAUGAUGAUGAUGA